AUGGUACAAUUGGAAGUCUUGCCGCGCUCAGCUUUGCCGAGUAUUUUUGAAUCCAAGUCAGAAGAGAAGAACCCAUCGCCAUUGGUUUGGUUGCGUACCCAAGUAUUGCAACACAUUCCGUUGCUGCACCCGAACGACUCGCCCAAGGCAGAAGCCCCCAUCGAGCAGGGAGACAUGCUCACAGUGCCUAUGUAUACGGAGGCUCUCCAUCCUGAAGUGGGCUUUGCAGAGAUACCCAAUGACUUGGCCGUUGGUGGGAAUGGGACCAUUAUAGUGGGACAUGCCCCACCAACUAUGCCCUCUAGCGUGAAGCAGCUGGCCGGACUAUGA